GCGAGACCGCCUGGUGCAUGUUGGGAGAGAUGCACAUGGAAGGGUCCAUGAUGGCGGCGCAGGAGUUGGAGAAAGCUCUGGCUCUCCGAACUACAGACAACCACGCCGCUAUGGAUAUUCUACAGAGCAUAGUAAAAAGAGAUAUCGUGGAUGGUGACGAGGAGGCGACCAGAGUGAAGGAGCAGGGGAUUCUGGAGUUGGGCGGUCUGCUGGCCAAGACGGGGCAGGCUGAGGAGCUGGGAGGUCUGGUAAAGUACAUCCGACCCUUCCUGUCCUCCAUCAGUAAGGCCAAGGCUGCCAAACUGGUCAGGACUCUGGUGGACCUGUUCCUGGACAUGGAGGCAGGCACUGGUACAGAGGUGCAGUUGUGUAUAGAAUGCAUAGAGUGGGCGAAGCAGGAGAAACGCACAUUUCUCAGGCAGGCGUUGGAGGCCAGGUUAAUUGCCCUGUACUUUGACACUAAGAAAUAUGAGGAGGCUCUCGCACUGGGUUCCCAGUUGUUACGUGAGCUGAAGAAGAUGGAUGAUAAGGCCCUGCUGGUGGAGGUACAGCUGCUGGAGAGUAAGACUUACCACGCCCUGCAGAACAUUCCCAAGGCCCGCGCUGCCCUCACCUCCGCCAGAACUACUGCCAACGCCAUCUACUGUCCUCCUAAACUACAGGCACAGCUCGACCUGCAGUCUGGGAUACUUCAUGCAGAAGAGAAGGACUUCAAGACUGCCUACUCCUACUUCUACGAGGCGUUUGAAGGGUUUGACUCAGUAGACAGCCCCAAGGCUGUGUCAGGGCUGAAGUACAUGUUACUGUGCAAGAUCAUGCUGAACAGCCCAGAUGAUGUCCAGUCUAUCAUCAGUGGAAAGUUGGCCCUGAGGUAUGCUGGGCCCAACAUCCAGUGUAUGAAGACUCUAGCAACAGCCUACCACAAUAGGUCCAUAUCAGAGUUCAAGAAGACCCUUGUGGAGUAUUCAGAAGAGCUGAAGGAUGACCCCAUCAUCCAGUCUCACCUUGAUGAUCUGUACAACAACCUGCUGGAACAGAACCUGUGCCGGAUUAUUGAACCUUUCUCCAGAGUACAGAUUGAACAUGUAGCAAACAUCAUCAAACUGCCUCUACAUGUGGUGGAGAAGAAAUUGUCUCAGAUGAUUCUGGACAAGAAGUUUCAUGGUAUCCUAGACCAAGGAGAAGGUGUGCUGAUUGUAUUUGAUGAACCUCCGGUGGAUAAGACUUACGAGGCAGCUUUAGACACUGUUCAGAGUAUGGGGAAAGUCGUCGACUCACUGUACAAAAAAGCAAAACGGUUGACAUAAAGUUAAAACUGUCUACUAUUGAAGCUUAGUUGCUUUAGAGGGACAUUGUCACUUAUAUGUGGGUUCUAGUAGGCCCUAUAUUUGUCAUAGACAUUACAUAUUACCCUAUACAUGUACAUGUGCUUUCUAUGCUUUCAGUAUCUUUCACAUCGUUUUAUUACCAUAUUGAAAACAUCAGAAUGAAAAUUAAACGAUAUUCAGAAUUUAAAAAGCAGACUUUGUUUUGAGUGCCUACAAAUGUAAGUAUAUUCACUGUACACGUAACACUUCAGGUGUAGAGAGCACCCUUCUGUCACCCUUUAUGUAGAUAUCUGUAUUCUCCCUGUGUAUACAGUCAUGUAAGAAACACUGGUCAGACAUACUUUCAUUGAAAGCCUGCACAAGCCCCUCAAAUGUUAUUCACUAACUGAAAAUAUGCAGACUAGCUUACCCUAUGGACAAGGACAGCUUGUGUCACAACUUUGAGAAGAUAUAAAGUUUUGUUACAUUUUGGACAGCCAACACCAAAUCAUGUCUGUUGUGUGCUUCUGCCCCAAAGGAAGUGAUAUAAGCUCCUACAUGUAUUUAGUUGCCCAGAGACUCCAAAAAGUUGUACAUGUGGCGUGUUACCACAGAAACAUACAGCAGGACAUGUUGCUAUUACAUAGUGAUGGUGCUAUGACAUAGUGACAGCAUCUGCCCUCACCAGAAAUUAAUGUAUUGUUUAAGAAGUGUUAAUAAACAGUUCACUCUGUGUACUUGAUGAUACAUGUACAUGUAUGCACAUCUCUUUACAGUCGUCAAGUAAAAAAAUGUGUUUAA